AUGGAAGUGAAAGACAGCCCCGUUUCCGAGUCCCCGGAAAUCAACGAGUCUGCCUCUACGGAGAGCCAGUCAACGCCGCACCAGGAGGUGAUUCCAACAGAAGAAAUUGUGGUGAAACCGACCGUUGGUGAUGGCGUUGGCUCUGGAGGAGAAGGAUCAGGCCAAGUCAGUGCUGAAAUUAGUAUGAGAAGAAAACGAGGAAGGCCGAGAAAGUGUGAGAUUUCAGGCACCGCCUCUCAUCUUUCGGAGCCUCCUCCAAAACGGCGAAGAGGGCGGCCCCGUGGUUCAGGGAGAAUCCAAUUUUUGACUUCCCUUGGUGGAUGCGGGUUAGAAACUGCAGGAGGAUGCUUUACACCUCAUGUUUUGGAGCUAAAAGCAGGACAGGACAUCGUACCCGAAAUAUCAUCACUGGCUGUGUUUCCCCGAGCAGCUAUUGUUCUCGCAGCUGCUGGAGCGCUUUCCAGUGUCGUUAUAGCGCGUCCGGGACAAGCUGGUGGUUUUGUGAGAUAUGAUGGAUAUUUUCAAAUCCUGUCGCUGAACGGGAUUUUUAUUUUCAGCGAAGUGGAUGGAACUCCCACACCCCGCAAUAACGGAUACUUGAGCAUUGUGCUCGCCCAUCCAGAUGGAGGGGUAUUUGGUGGUGCUGUAACAGGAUGCUUGAUUGCUGCUAAUCCAAUUCAGUUGGUAGUUGGGACAUUCAAGCAGACCAUCCACAAGACAUUUCGAAGGAGGAUGUUCCGAGGUGAAUCUUCCUCUUUGAAUGCUGUUAACGAUGGUUUAGCAUCAGCCAUGGCUGCUAUACCUAUUCCUGUCAUACCGAGUCUAGGCAACAAUGGUUCAGCCAUGCCAACACCGGCAAUGUCCAAUGUUUCACAGCGGAUUCAUGUGGAAGCUGCAGGUCCUAGCGAUGCUGGGAGUAACCAAUUAGAGAGCCCCACUCCUCUGCGAGUUUGUCGAUGCCAGAACAACUCGGAAGCGUCGCUGCCGAUGUCUCCAGAGAAUGAUAAUGUUACUCCUCAGACUUUGAUGUCUAAAGAUGAGAGCGAAAAUUGUUGCUGA